AUGGCGAAGAAGAAAUGGAAGGCAAUCAUGGAAGAGACUCAACCUAGUCAAAUUUCUCCUUUUAUUUUGCUUGCCGCCAAAGUUAGAUUUAAAAGCCACAUUGUCAAAAAGACAAUUGUGAGUGAGGAAAAUGUUAGGUUAGAUGAUUUUGAUGAGUUUCAUGCCAUGAUGAAGAAACAAAAAUGGAUAAACAUUGUCUCGGGUCUGACUGCACCCAUUCAAACUCUUGUUCAAGAGUUUUACACCAAUUUUGGCCUUGAUGAUGUUGAACCGAACUCUGAUGUGCACAAUGAUAGAGUUUAUGUUAGAGGUCAUUGGGCUCUUUUCAAUGAAGAGGUAGUUAGGGAUGCGUUAGGUCUCAAAAAGGUUAAGAAAAAUUUUGAUUUGACUAGUUUGAAGCUAGACCAAAUUGUUAAGGUUAUAAUUGGUGGUUCAAUAGCUAUAUGGCCAAAAAGUGGAGUUCUUCAACCUAGUGCACUCACACCCUUUUACCGCCUAUUGUUUGAAAUUUCUCUUACAAAUUGGUCUCCCUCAAUGCACAAUUCCACUGUUAGACCAGAAAGAGCACAACUACUUUAUGGGAUUGCACAAGGGAAGAAGAUAAACUUAGCCACACUAAUUUUCACAAGUGUUAAGGUGGAUGCACAAUCCACAUAUGCUCUCCAGAUUUUGCCCUUUCAUUCCUUCAUUUAUGAAAUUAUCUCCACUUGCAAACCCAAAUUCUAUGAAGUGGAGCCUGUGUUGAAGAUAAAGAUUGUCACCAAGAAGUCUUUUCGACAACCAUUAGGUAACAUUCCUUCCACCUCCUCGGGUGAACACAUUAGGACUAACACUUGGCAGUCCAAGCUUUUUGUUGCUAUGCAAGACCUAGAGAAUGUUCUCCAACAUGUGAAGGAGAUUCAUCUUUCCUUCAUUUCUACUGAAGAUCCUGCUGCUGUCAUUCAAGAAGAAGAAGCUGCUCAUGAAGAUGAAGAUCAACUUGAAGAUGCACUUGAUCAAGAAAAGGUUUGA